UGGGCCUGGGGCGCGUGCAGCACCUAGCCUGAGGAGAUUUGUCCCCCCCGGCGCUCCGUAGUCAGGCGUCUCGUUUCCAUGGAGACCGAGAACUGGGAGCGCGCCCCGGGUCCUAGCGGGGAAGUUUGAACGUCUCCGGUAACCGUUCGACCCUCUCGGAGGCGAGGAAGCCGGAGAAGACAAGCGGGAGUAUCCGAAGGCCAGGGCCUUGCGGACUGACGACUUUUCCGUGUUUUCCUAAUGGCGAACCUCUCCCGGGCAAAUAGCCGCUCCGGAACGCUGUCCACCAUCCACAGGUUCCAGCAUUCCAAUCAGAAACUGAAGCAAUGGAUUCUGCCCCCUCUCCACCGAACUGUCAGCCAUAGCAAAAGCAAAAUGAAGUCUUCAGUGAAGCCCUCCAAGAUUGCCAUGCUGUCAACAAGCCAGCUGAUGACCUUAUCCGAAACGCAGGGAAGGGAGCAGCUCCACACAGGGAUGAUCCAGGCCAGACUCCGGUUAAUGCGGUCGAUGGUCCGCAGCCAGCGCGCCUCCCUCAAGGAGCUCUGCAACCACGAAGCCUUCCUCUCCAAGCUCAACCAGGACCUGGUGAAGACCAUCCAGGACAUGGAGGACGCCACGGCCCUCAACGUGCGGGCGUUGCUGCAGCAGCAGCACGUCCUCGGGACCGUCAUCGGAAUCUUGGAAUACUCCAAUAAGAAGAGGGUACAGGAGUUGAGUUCUGAACUUCAGGAAUGGGAAGAAAAGGAGGAGCACAAGAUGAGCAGCCUGGAGCAGGAGGUACAGCGGCUGAAUGAUGAGAUCAGUGCGACCCAUGAGGAGGUGAACUUCCUGAGCACGUAUAUGGACCACGAAUACCCUGUCAAGUCAGUGCAGAUUGCCGAUCACAUGCGCCAACUGCAGCAGGCGAAGGACCAGCAGCAGGAUGAGCUGGAUAACCUCAAUGAGAUGCGCAAAAUGAUCCUGGACUCCUUGUGCAAUGUGAUUAGAGAGAAGCAGAAGGAGAUGCUGAAGUCUCUGAUGACAAAAAUCCAGCAGCCCUUUGAGAAACGUCUUCAGCAUAAGACCCUGAAUAGCCAGAACAUGCAGAGACACAUGGCCUUUCUCAAAGAUUUCAUUGAGGAGAUGAAGAAGGAAAUAUCCAUAUUAGCAGAUGAAGUGAAGGAGCCCGAGUCCCAGGUCUUGGACCCCCGAGAGAUCGUUUUUGAGGAUGUUCUACUUCGGAGACCCAGGUGCUCCCCAGACAUGGCUGUCACCCUCAACAUCCCCAUGGAAGACCUGCUCUUCUAGGGGCGGUGCCCUCUCUUGGCUCUUCCCGGGCACCGGGGCCUUUGAUUGGACUUCCAAGAUCGUGUCUCCAUUCUGCAGUUGCUCCUCCCUUUUCUC